CCCAGGGUCCCGGGCGGGCGGCCGGGCAGCGUGGGGCCGUCGGAGGCUGCUGGACUUGGAGGGCGGGAGGCACGGGUCCCCUCCUUCAGCUGCCCCGCCGCUCCGUCUCUUCCCGCCGACCUGAGAGCGAGUUCGUGGGCCGGGGUCCGAGCCCUGCCCGCAGCGGCGGCGGGAACAGCGGGUGCAGGGGCGGCUCGGGUGCGGCUGUCGCCCUAAGCCCGGUCGGGGGACGGUGCGCAGACCCUCUGGGCCGCCCUGAAAUGGACCGGAAGGUGCGCAGGGUGCCUCAGGAACUCUGAAGCUAAGCUGAGCCAAGAUGCCGCCAGAGCCCCUGGAGAGGGCCUGGUUUCUGAAGACUCGGAGUUGGCUGUGAAAAGCCCUUGGGGAGGCCCCCCCAACGGCAGGGACGCUCCUGGCUCCUGUGAAGGGGCUCAGGGCCUGGGCAGGCCAGCUGUGCUGCAGCUAUGGACCGUGAGCUGGCCCAGCCUGCGUCCUUGCUAACCCUGCCCAUCUGCAGCUGUGCCAACAUGGGAUCCUCGGUGUACAUCAUGGUGGAGCUGGCCAUUGCUGUGCUGGCCAUCCUGGGCAACGUGCUGGUGUGCUGGGCUGUGUGGCUGAACAGCAAUCUGCAGAACGUCACCAACUACUUUGUGGUAUCCCUGGCGGCGGCCGACAUCGCCGUGGGGGUCCUUGCCAUCCCUUUCGCCAUAACCAUCAGCACAGGGUUCUGUGCCGCCUGCCACAGCUGCCUCUUUUUCGCCUGCUUCGUUCUAGUCCUCACGCAGAGCUCCAUCUUCAGCCUCCUGGCCAUCGCCAUUGACCGCUACAUCGCCAUCCGCAUCCCACUCCGGUACAAUGGCUUGGUGACAGGCACGAGGGCCAAGGGCAUCAUUGCAGUCUGCUGGGUGCUAUCGUUUGCCAUCGGCCUGACUCCCAUGCUAGGCUGGAACAACUGCAGUCAGCAGGAGGGCAGAAACCACUCGCAGGGCUGCAGGGUGGGCCAGGUGGCCUGUCUCUUUGAGGACGUGGUCCCCAUGAACUACAUGGUGUACUACAACUUCUUUGCUUGUGUCCUGGUGCCCCUGCUGCUCAUGCUGGGCAUCUACUUGCGGAUCUUCCUGGCGGCCCGGCGACAGUUGAAGCAGAUGGAGAGCCAGCCUCUGCCGGGGGAGCGAGCUCGGUCCACGCUGCAGAAGGAGGUCCACGCUGCCAAGUCGCUGGCCAUCAUUGUGGGACUCUUCGCCCUCUGCUGGCUGCCCCUGCAUAUCAUCAACUGCUUCACCUUCUUCUGUCCCAAGUGCAGCCAUGCCCCACCCUGGCUCAUGUACCUGACCAUCAUCCUCUCCCACACCAAUUCCGUGGUGAAUCCCUUCAUCUAUGCCUACCGCAUCCGCGAGUUCCGCCAGACUUUCCGCAAGAUCAUUCGCAGCCACAUCCUGAGGCAGCGGGAGCCCUUCAAAGCAGGUGGCACCAGUGCCCGGGCCCUGGCAGCUCACAGCAGCGACGCGGAGCAGAUCAGCCUCCGCCUCAAUGGCCACCCUCCCGGGGUGUGGGCCAACGGCAGUGCCCCCCAGCCUGAGCGGCGACCCAAUGGCUACACCCUGGGGCUGGUGAGUGGAGGGAGUGCCCGUGAGUCCCACAGGGACACGGGCCUCCCAGACGUGAAGCUCCUCAGACAGGAGCUCAAGAGAGAGCGCCCAGAGUCCCUGGGCCUCGAGGGUCCCCAAGCCCAGGAUGGAGCAGGAGUGUCCUGAUGAUACACUGAGUCUGCCCCUUCCUAAGGGAAGGAAAUCUUUCUCUUCCUGGUUGGUGGAACCAGUCACGUUGAGAGAAGAGUUGCAUGUGCCGGAGACCCUUCUCAUGGCCGGUUCCCACUUAGGACUGAGGAGGGAGCCCCAGCUGGAGCAGCAUGAGGCCCAGAAGGAAGGGUUUGGAGUCUGAGGAAGCAGACGUUUCAUGCUGGGAGGCCCUGCAUCAGGCCAGAGCCCCAGCACGAGAGCAUCUUGGCUGGCCAGGGCUGGUCCCCAACUCCAGAAGCACCUAGAAAUGCCACCUUGUCCCUGCAGAGCAGCUGUGGCAGAGCAGGGUGGCUGGCCUGAGGCUGGGGAGUGGUUCCAAAAGGCCCCCUGCCACACACACACCACCCUCCCCAGACUUUCCAAGGAUUCAGGAGCUAUUGUGCUCAGAGGUGGCGUUUGACUAUGUUUUCCAGGAGAAAAUGUAAGCGUGAGGAAACCCUUUUUAUCUUCCCUCCCUGGUUGCUGGCUCUGUUUCAGCUCUGCUGCUAACCUGGCACCAGGAGUUGGCCCAGGGAGACCCAGGCAGCCCUCUCCCGCUGCCAUGAGCUGCCAUGCACGUCUCCUUCGAGGACGGCGAGUUGUAAUGGAGCCGUGCCAGAGCGUGGGCGCAGGGGAGGAUGACGGGGCUGGCCAACAUGGUUGAGCCUGGGGAGCUCAGAGCUGCCCAGGUAGAGGCCCUAUCUAACUGCCUUUCCUUCUGAAGGGAAUGUUUUUUUUUUUCCUGAGAUAAUAAAAAUGAGCCACGUUGUGUUUUAA